AUGGCGUUCUUCACGUCUCUCCUCGCGACUCCGCGCAAGGCGUCGGGCAAGACGCUGCUCGAGCGGCUCGGCGGCGCCACCCAGCUCGAUGACCGGCGCGACGCGCUCGCUUCCUUCAAGGAACUGUCGGCGGAAGAGCCGCUCCGGCUCAUCGUCGAGGGCGGGAUCGGCCUCCUCGUGCGCCUGGCGGGCGACGAGGACGCACAGCUCGCCCGCGACGCGCUCGAGACGCUCUCCAACCUGUGCGACGUCGGCGUUCCGGCCGAGGUGCCCGAGGACAGGCCCAACGCGAAUCGGGUGGCGGGCGAGCACAACUGCGACAUGCUCCUCUCUGACGCCGAGCUGCUUCCCGCCGCGCUCGCACCGCUCGAACGCUCCGACUUCUACGUCCGCUUUCACGGGCUCGCGCUCCUGCGGCAGUUGCUCGCGACGCGCGCCGACAAGACGCACGAGGCGCUGCUGCACGCACCCGCGGCGGCGGGGAGGGUGCUGGCCCUGCUCGAGGACGAGCGGGAUAUCGCACUGCACCUGAUGAGGGACGUGGUGCCAUCUGCGCCGCCCGAGCUGGCAAACAUCCUCGCCUUCCAGGGCGGCUUCGAGAGCCUGCUCACCAUCGCAGAGGGCAUCGUGCGAGAGGAGGGGUCCGAGACGGCCGAUGCGGGAGCGGGCGCGGUCUUCGCCGACACCUUCGAUGCACUCGGCGCGCCCUCGACGACUCCCUCCCCGCUGCGAGAGUAG